AUGUCUUCAGCUUUCGAGGGAAGUCCAAAGCGAAGGCGUGAAGAUGACACCGUUUCUCCCCUUUUAAUUCGCAGUCGUUCUGCGGCACUCUUUUCUGGUAAUUUCUGUAAUGUCACAUCACUUUCUGAUGAAAGUGAACAGAUUGUCAAAACCCCCACCUUUCAACGACUCCGCCGCGUCGCGCAAUUGGGCAGCGCGCAGUUUGUAUUUCCAUCAGCCACUCAUAUGCGAUUUGAGCACUCUUUGGGUGUUGCCGAGUUAGCCCAGAAGAUGGUAUUAAAUUUGAACAUGAAGCAAGUCGUUGCCAAUCACGCAGUUAGUAAAGAGGAUUUAGUCACCGAAGCGGAUAAGAAAAUGGUAGAAAUAGCUGGGUUGUGCCACGAUCUUGGACAUGGCCCAUUUAGUCAUUUGUAUGAGCGCACCAUGAAAACCAAUGGCAUCAAAUUUUGUCAUGAAGUUCAGUCAGUCAAAUUGUUUGAGAAGAUAGUUAGCGAGUUACGAGAGAAAGGAGAUUUUAAUGUCAGUGACGAAGAAGUCAAAGAAAUAGGUGAAUUGAUCACGCAUUCAGUCAACGAUGUCAAGGAAGAAAAGACUGAACGGUUAUGGUUGAAACAAAUAGUGAGUAAUUGUAGUAAUGGAAUUGAUGUGGAUCGACUUGAUUAUUUAAGAAGAGAUGCAUACCACUUGCACCGACCUUUACGAUUUACUGUGGACAAAAUAGUGGAGGGAGGGGUCAUCCAUGACGGACAAAUAUGCUUUUCCUCGCAAUGCAGAAGUGACAUUGAAGACUUGUUUACGCAAAGAUAUCUGAUGUACAAAGAUGUGUACACGAACAAGAACAUAACAGCCGUUGAAUUGCUCAUAUGUGAUAUAUUGAUCGAGGCGUAUCCGUAUGUCCCGAUACUGAAAAGCGGCCCAGACGAUUUGGACAGUUUCAUUCAACUUGACGAUUCGAUCUUGAACAUCAUAAGAUCGUCGAAAUUGGUUGGAUUGAAUAAAGCGAAAGAAUUGGUUGGUAAACUCGACCGAGCGGAGUUCUACCCCCUUGUAGAUUCGUUGGGCCAAACAGCAGAAAACAAAGCGUUGUUAUCAGAAUUGUCACCAAAGACUAUCGUCGACUAUGGAAAGAAUUUGAAGGAAGAAGACAUCAUUGUUGACGAUUUACGAAUCACAGUCGCUCCAAAAGAUAACUGGGAGAAAAUCAACUUUGUAAAAGAGAAUGGCGAGAUCAUCACACACAAGCCGUCGAUAUUAUAUCCAAAAGAAAGUGAGACGUUCUGUCGAAGAGUGUAUACUAGAAGCCCAGAAAAGAUCGACGAGGUCCGAUAUGCUGUUAAACGGUUUGUGACUGAAAGGCAACUUUCGGGGUCUGCGUUGUUUGAGUAA